GCUACCACAGGGCAUACUGCCUCCAGUCUUCAGCUGAAGUGAAGGUGCCAACGAUGACCAAGAUGUCUUCCAUUUCCUGUCUCCUGUUGCUGCUCUCUCUGGGCUCAUACGCCGCAGGAUAUUGUCAAAUUGGAACUGUGGUAUCAGCAUUUUGCCAAGUAGGAUCCAACUGCCAGUGGGUAAAACCUGUCACUUUUGACAAUGCAUUUCCCAGAAAACCUAAGGUUGUGACAGCUAUCUUUGGACUCCAAUCUGGUAAUUGGAAUGGUGGUAACAUCAACAUAAGAGUGCACCCUGUCCUAACAACUAUCACUACUGCUGGCUUUGACAUUGACUUUGGUGUGGUACCCAUAACCAGAGGCCACAUCUACCGGGUCAGAGCCACAUGGACUGCCUGCCUCUAAGACGUUUAACCAAGCAAGAAUUGGACACCAAAUUGAAUUUCUACACAGAGACACUGAAAUAUUUGGAUGUAGACAUGGAUAAAAUGAACAAUCAUAUUCAGUAAUGAAUCUAAGCUGAGACAAGUGUCCUUAGAAUAAAGUCGAUUUUCUUUGCUUACUCUCUCUCUCGAAAUGAGAAAGCAUUUGAAUAAAAGAUAUGACCACCAUCAUUAGUUUUUGUUUUUC